UUUUAGAAAUAUUUUCGAAAAUAACUAUUGAAGUUUUGAUUAACAUUGAAAAAAAUGUUAGAAAAAAAUGCAAAAAUUUCGGUAUUACGUACAAUGAUCGGUCUUGGCGAGGAAAUCGAGCCACAUUUUAUCGUCCCCCAGAAUUCAAUAUCAAAUAUACGUCAAAAAAUUGGACUCGGCGAACGCCCACAGACGGGUACACAAAUGCCCACACUUAUACCGCUAGAAAACUCACUGCGCAGCACGCAACCCGCCAACACAAAGUGUCCACACUGUGAGAGUAUGGCGAAGAACUUUCUCUACCUCGAGAGUCUCAUACGCAACAACUACAAUCCGAAAGCUCAAUGUGGCCUCUGCUACUCAUCGCUCAAAUAUCUGCAAUAUGUGAAUAAGAGCAUUCUGCAAGUCUUUGGCAAUUUCGAAAGCAUCGUCAACGCAGCAAGCACCUUCACCAAUAAUCGCACGCGCACACCCUUUGCUGCACAGCCAAGUUUACGCGAAGCACGCGCGAUCACCGCAAAACCAGCCGCCGCCAAAACAAUCAGCCCAAAGAAAAAUUUGGCGAAGAAGAAUAAUAUCAAAGAAGGUGGCAAAGUGACUCGACCAGUGCUGAAAACUACCACAAGGGCUGUGAGUAGUGUCCGCUUAACGGGUGGAGGGAGACACGCAUGCAAGGCGCGCAAUGCAAAGCAUCCGAGUGCUAAAAGUAAGAACAAGAGUAAAAGCAAAACAAAUCAUGCACGUUUGACAGGCGGUUUUGAUAGUGCGAAGCGUAAAAAGUCGGCGCCUACAAAGCCGAACAGCGUGAAGCUGAAGAAUGUGAAAUCGAAACGCAGCAAAAUUCGUCCGGUGCGUGCGAGGAAAUAGUGUGGAUUUGAGGCGUGACAGGUAGUGAUGCUCAAGGAGCUUUCUUGACCGCAUGAAUUGAGGGAUAUUGACAGAGCGAAUCAAAUUUCUUGUAAUUAAUCAUUUUUAAUUUCAUUUUUAAACUUUUUUGGAAGCAGAAAUAAUUCUCCAAUAUAUUUUAAUGUGUGAGUAUAAAAAAUAAAUUUAAAAAAAAUUCAUUCAAAUUA